ACAAACUGGAACUUUUUUUGUUCAAUUGGACUUAUUGUUACAGGAGAGUUCUGAGUUCUGGACGUACGAGCGUCGGAGAGAAGGGUAUCUCGCCUUCACCGCCAUGGGAAACAACAGGCAGAAGCAGAGGCGAUUCAAGAAGGAUAAUCACCGUCGCAACUUGCCCGACCAAUCUGAUCAACUCGGCAGGGAUGAAGCUGAUGGUUUAUUGCUGGCUGAUCAAGCUUCCGCGGAGGAGGAGGAGGAGGAACAAAGGGGUUCUUCUAUUCAGCUCGCCAUGUGGGAUUUUAGCCAAUGUGAUGCAAAGAGAUGCACAGGGCGUAAGCUUGCAAGAUUUGGGUUAUUAAAGGAAUUACGGAUUGGUAGCGGAUUUCGGGGAGUUGUUUUGAGUCCCACUGGCACUCAAUGUGUCUCUCAGGAGGAUAGUGAAUUAAUCAGGAGGAGUGGGUUAGCUGUCGUUGAUUGUUCUUGGGCACGUUUAGAUGAUGUUCCUUUUACGAAGUUACGCUGCACGGCUCCUCGUCUUUUGCCUUGGUUGGUAGCAGCAAAUCCAGUAAAUUACGGUCGACCCUGUGAGCUAUCUUGUGUGGAGGCACUGGCUGCAGCAUUGAUCAUAUGCGGAGAGAAAGAAACAGGAAAUCUGUUGCUUAGCAAAUUCAAAUGGGGCCAUGCUUUCUUGUCUCUUAACAGAGAACUUCUCAAGGCAUACUCUGAAUGUAAAAAAGCCAAUGAAAUGAUCACAGUCCAAAACGAGUGGCUCUCGCAGCAAACUUCACAAAUCUCCGAUGUCCCUACUAAAGGAAAAGACAAACAUUCUGAACCCGAAGACACAAAUGAUGGAUCCUCCAGUUCUGAUGAUGGACUCCCUCCACUCCAGAGAAACAUGAAUCAUUUAUACUUGGAGGAAAGCGACGAAGAAAGUGAAUAAAUGUUUUUAGUUUCCUCAAUACGUAGAGCAUCAUUAUCUUGAGCACACUGAUAGGUAUGUCAAUUUAUCUGUCUAUGAAUUAUAUAUUUUGUAGCGCUUAUGGAAGAAUUAUGCGUGUUCUUGGCUUGAUGGAAUCAUUCUACAUUUGCUCAUUUGUUAUUUGUCCUUUACUAUAGUAUACAUUCAUGGCAUA